CAAGGCUGCCGCCCGCUCUCUUCCCUUCUCCGCUUCGGCUUCGGCUUCGGCUUGGGCUUGGGCUUGGGCUUGGGCUGGGCGGGCAGCCCUUUCCCGGGCGAGGAGUGGAAGGAAGAGGGCGGCGGAGGAGGAGGAGAAGCAGCCCCCUGCCCAGCUGAGUCCAUCCAUCCAUCCGUCUCCAUGAAGAGCCUGUAACUCAUGGCGGUCUUCAAGCAGCAGAAGGUGGAGGAUGCCUAUGAGAUCGGGGAGGAGCUGGGCAGCGGGCAGUUUGCGCUGGUGCGCCGGUGCCAGGAGCGGUCCUCGGGGGCCUGGUUUGCGGCCAAGUUCAUCCGGAAGCGGCAGAGCCGGGGGAGCCGGCGGGGGGUGCGGCGCGAGGAGAUCCAGCGCGAGGCCGGCAUCCUGCGCAGGGUCCGGCACCACAACGUCAUCCGCCUCCACGACGCCUUCGAGGACAAGACCGACGUCGUCCUCGUCCUGGAGCUGGUGUCCGGAGGGGAGCUGUUUGAGUUCCUGUCGCAGAAGGAGUCCCUGAGCGAGGAGGAGGCCGUCCAGUUCCUCCGCCAGAUCCUCGACGGCGUCCACUACCUCCACGACAACAAGAUUGCACACUUUGACCUCAAGCCGGAGAACAUCAUGCUCCAGGACCGGAGCCUCCCCGUCCCGCACAUCAAGCUGAUCGACUUUGGCCUGGCCCACGAGAUCGAGGAGGGCGUGGAGUUCAAGAACAUCUUUGGGACCCCCGAAUUCGUGGCGCCCGAAAUCGUGAACUACGAGCCCCUGGGCCUGGCAGCGGACAUGUGGAGCAUCGGGGUCAUCACCUACAUCCUGCUGAGCGGGGCCUCUCCCUUCCUGGGGGAGACCAAGCAGGAGACCUUGUCCAACAUCUCGGCCGUCCGCUACGACUUUGACCCGGCCCUCUUUGGCCGCACCAGCCACCUGGCCAAGGACUUCAUCCGCAGGCUCCUCCUCAAGGACACGCGGAAGCGCCUCACCAUCCAAGAAGCCCUUUCUCACGCUUGGAUCAUGAGGCGCCUUGGUGGGGCGGAGGGCCCGGAGGCGGCCGGCCGGGGCGGUCCGGAGGGCGGGGGCCUGAAGACGCAGCGGCUGCGGGAGUACACGCUCCAGAGCCACUCCAGCAUGCCCCCCAACCACACGUACGCCGACUUCGGGCGCUUUGCGGGCGUGGUGGAGGCCGUGCGCGGGAUGGAGCGGCGCUUCGGGGCCCUGGCGUCCGCGCACGACGCCCUGCAGGAGGACCUGGAGGGCCUGGCCGCCGCCCUGGCCGAGAAGGAGGCCCGGUGCCGGGCGGAGCGCGAGGGCGCGCGGCACGAGCUCUCCCGGCUGAAGUACGAGUUCCGCAAGGCGGGGGCCGCCAAGAGGCAGCUGCAGGCCGAGGCGCGGGCCGUGCGGGACGGGGUCGACGGGGCCCUGGGGAGGCUGCGCGGGAUGCAGGCGCGCUUCCAGGCCCUGCAGGAGGAGGCCCAGGAGGGGCUCGCCUUCUUCAACAACGCCCUCGCGGAGCUGCUCACCGGCGAGCCCCUGCGCGCCACCCCGGGACCCCCGUGACGGCACCCCCACCUGGGAGGGGGGCUGGCUCUGGUUUGUCCCCACAAAUAACACCUUGUAACAAAAAUGUGAAAAGUGGUCUGAAAGUGUCAUUCCUGUGUGAUUAAUUGUGUGCCAAUUCCACACAGACAGAGGGAGUCAGAAACACUGGGAUGCCUGUGGUGGAGGAAAAAUAGAACAUCCAGGGUGAAAUUUGUUGUGGUAAUCUCUGAGCGGUUAGACUCAAUUCAACUCUCUCUGGGGGAGAUUCCACCAAAAUGUAGCAGAGUAGCAAAAGCAAAAGCUUUCAAGUGCAGCAGUUACUUACACGCGGUGAGCAAAGAGAAGCCUUUCAACUUAGGAUGCCAAUGUAGUGCAGAGUCUCAGUAAAAGUUCAAAAAGUAUUUAUUCAGAUAAAAAGAACUCCAUUGUAGAUAGAAAGGCUUGGGAGCUGUCUAGUCUACUCUAACUGGUUUCUAAGGAAAAAUAAGAAAGGAAAAAUAACAAACAUCUACAUAGUUAGAUCUUGCCAGGAGAGACAGCAAGAUCAUCAUCAUCAUCAUCAUCAUCAUCAUUUAAUUACUUAUUAAUCGCCCUCCAUCCAAGAUGCUCUAGGCGAUUUACAAGAUAAAAUUGUAAAGGAUAAAAAUACAUACAUAUAAAUAUUGAUAAAAUUAACAUAGAUUAAAAGCUCUAGUAAAGAGCCAGAUGCUGCUUGUUAGCUAGAAGAACCAAGGGGGAGGAAGGAACCAACCUCAUGGUCCAGUUUAUUGGGGCCAUAAAAUGUUCUGACCAAUGAGAAGUUAAUGUCACUAAAGAGUCUCAUUUCUACUAACUUCAAAGUAAGGGAUGUGAUAGAGUGAACACACAGUAAAGCCCGUCUAGGAAAGGAUUCCCUCAGUCUAACUCUAUCAUCAUCUGACUACAUCUAGACUUGAGUCGUCCAGGGUGAUUCCCAACAAAACUGCCCCCGAAUGAAAGCCUUCCCUCGGGCGGUGGGCAGCGUGGUGUUUGUGGGGGACGCGCUCACGGCGCCCGCCAUAACCGGCAGUGUCACUGGAGGGAGGGCCGUGGGUGUCUCCUGAGUGGUGGGAGCGAGAGCUGUUUGUGCAAGUGGACACCCCACCCACGUGUAUAGAUAAAACUUGCAAUACUGAACAAUAAUAAUAAUAAUAAAUUUAUAGAUUUUUUUUAAAAAGAUGAAUAUUGGGAAGAACAUCCCGAUGGUGAGUAAAAUGAGUCACCUGGGAGGGAGGCCAUUUGUCGGGAGGGCUUUGGUGGUGUCUCUCGGGGAGGUGGGCCGGAUGGGUGGCCUCUGGGGGGCCCUUCCAACGCUAGGGUUCUACGGAACGAGUCAGGCCUGGAGCUUUGUAGCUCUUACGGGGUCCAAAGCCACACUGUGCAUGUGUUUGUUGUCUGUCUUGUUUCUCAGCCCACGGACACGCACCAGGCCAUGGCCCGGCGGGAGUCGGAGGUCAACCUGGAAAACUUCAAAAAGCAAUAUGCCAGGCGGCGCUGGAAGCUCACGUACAGCGUGGUCUCCCUCUGCAACCAUCUCUCGCGUUCCCUGCUCAGGAACGUCCACUUCGGUCAGGGCGACAACGACAACGACAAGGACGGAAGUGUGGUGAGGCCCGGUUCUUCCUCCUAGAGACCUUUAAGGUGCGGCCGUACUGCGCCUCCCAUUGCUCCCUGAGUCUAAUAGCACGGCUGGGAUGUGCAGUUUCCAACGGCGUCCAAAGAACAAUCCCCAAGGCUACAGGCACUGGAUUUGGUCGGACUUGAAUCUGGAGACCUUGGCAAGUCACGCUCUCUCAGCCUCAGGGCAGGGUGAUGGCAAUUUGCCUCUGGACCCGUCCAAUAUAAUAUAGUAAGAAUACACUAAUAUAAUAUAAUUAUAAUAAUUAUAAUCGGCGCUGACAAAAUCACCAUCCAAUUUGGAUCUGCACGCAUUUGCUGAUACAUGGCACAGUCCUAGACACUUGGGAAGUGUUUGAUGUGACCCAAGACAACAGCCAGAAGAGUGAUCUUGUUUACUGCGUACUCAUCUUGUUGUGUAUCUACUCAUCAUCAUCAUCAUCAUCAUCAUAAUCAGAUUGUACUUUUGCCACCGUUGCCUUCUGCUCUGGACCCUGGUUGCCUCCAGAACUGUGUCCAGCACUCAAACCAUACUGGGAACCUUAUUAUUAAACAAUAAUAACAACAUGA